AUGAUACAUCAGGAGCAGAAUAUUGUAGAGCCUGUACUGGACUUCAUUCAUGGGGUCUCCGUCCUCUAUUUCAAGAAUUGUGAGACAUUAGAAGGCUUUAGAGAUCAGAACACAGACCAAAUUCAGAAUUGGCUUAGCGAAAAGACAGAUGCUGAGCCUUUGUUCCUUGUUCAUGACUUAGAUACAUUGAGAGUGGGCCUUUUAUUGCAGAUAGAUUCAGAAAAUCUCAAGAAGAACAAUGUCUUGAUGGUGAUGAAAAACCAGUCUGUAAUAGAUUCUGACGCGUCCAUCGAAUCUCAAUUCAACAUCAUAAUGCUACCUCAAGAUUCUCAAUUCGACACAUUAAAGACACUUGUUGAUGUCGGUUUGUAUCAAAUAUUCGAUAAAGUUGUAAUAAACAGAAGUAGGGAUUCCAAAACAGUACCAGACUCAUUACUCAAUACCAAGAGGAAAAUCAAGGAUUUAUCCCUUUCUUUGCAAAACCUGGACAAAGAAAUUCAGUUGCCCAACAUUGAGGAAUCAAUUCAUCCAUUAGUGAAGCAGUUAGUCAUAGACGGAGCAACAGCACAUAAUGUGGAUGAACAUCUGCCUCCAGAUCAAUUGAAUGACUCGUCAUUCCUUAAUGCAUUACAAAAAACCUCAAAUUCAUGGAUCAAAGCAGUCCAUUCUAUAUCCAGGCUUGAAAACAAUUUAGCGGAUGGAACAGCAUUAGAUGAGGUGAACUUUUGGAGGAAUUACUGUACAGCUCUACGUGAACUAGAAAAAAUGUUAAGUUGUAAGGAAGUUGAAAUUACGAUAAGCAUUUUGGUAUCGGCCAAACGAUUCUAUAGUAGCACAUCAUUUAUCAAUGAUACUGGGUUGUCCAACAUGAUAGCUGAAACCCAAAGUUUUUCAACUUUUCUCGAUGGACUUGCCAUACAAAACAUCUCAUCUGCUACUUCAAUGCCCGAUUUAAAUAUUGCUAUAGAAAAAUUCGCAUACGAGAUUAGAAAGCUCAAAAUCACUCAAUACCCAUUAGAAAAAGCCAUCAAACUGAUAGAGAAGGUAUCAGAUGAUAUCUGUAUCAAAGCAGAGGAACUUUUACCAAACCUGUUACUUAUGGAUUAUGAACAGUUUCUAAAUAUUAAAGAGAACGCUCUCAUGGUUCUUGAUAAUUUUGAAGAUAAAUUGAAAGAUUUCACGUUGAUGAUAAGAGAGCUAAUGCGAAAGAAAGCUGCGAAAUUCAUAUUUUUGAAGUUAAAUUGCUCCACAGAGGGACUUAAGCAACGUAUUUCAAAUGUAUCGACUUUCAGAGAACAACAUCACAUUUUCCUGGAAGCUCUUACAGCGGUCGAUAACCGACCUCUCCGUGAAAGGACAGAAAGAAUUUAUGAUAAGGUUAAGCCCGUUAAUGUUUUAAAAGCUGAUGUCGUUUCUUGGGUUCAUUUACAAAAAAAUUAUUCUCAACAAAUUUCAUUAAUCGAAGAUGAACUAAUUGCCAUUCUACGGAAGGAAUUAGAAAAUUGUCACAGUAGUAAGGAAAUGUUCAGCAUAUUUGAAAGAUAUGAAUUGCUUACAAAGAGAAUUAGGGUUUUGAAUGCUGUCAGAGAAUACCAACAUCAGCUUUUGGACAAUGUUAAGACUGAUACUAACUUCAUUAGAGAUUCAAUCAGCUCUUGGACCCCAACUAAUGCUGCCGAAGAACAAUUUGAUAUUCAAUCAAUUAUCCAUGACAUAGUUUGGCGAAAGAAGCUUUUGAAAAAAUUAAAACUGAUUACAUCCAAACUAACAGUCAUCUUAGGAUCAGAUUGGGAUAAAACUACGAUCGGCUCCCAAAUCUCGAAAGAGUGCACUUCUAUCCAGUCUAGUCUAAGCACUGACAAAAUUUACGAAUCAUGGAUAUGGAAUGCGCAAAACACGGAAUUUUCACUUGACCAAAGUGUAUUUAAAGUCAUAUUAUCGAAAACAGACUAUGAAUUGAAGGUGAAUUUCAACUUUUCUUCAGGAUCCCUUUUCAAAGCACUACGGAACCUGAUAUGGCAAGGAUACGACAUACCAAGCGAUAUAGUCAGAAAGUCUAGAAUAACUAGAAACACAUACCCUUAUGCGGCUAUCAUUGCUGAAAAAUUACAAACAUUUUUUUUAGUUGUCGAUGGUGUCAAGCAAUUAUCUUACACGACCCCACUCCUUCGAAACAGUGUCAAUGAUGUUUGGAAAAGUUUAUCAACUCUAAUAACAGAGUCUUGGGAAACUGUUCCAAUAGAUACAAUUGUCGAUGGAAGUAACAUAUCUGGUGAUUUGGCCAGAUUUGAAGAAGGUGUUGACCGUCUUCUGCGGGAUUAUGAGAAUUUCUCCACUAUGGAGUUUCAGGUCAAAGAAUAUUAUCUUAAUUUAGACAACUUUUCACUAGAUGAAGCGUCCGGCAAUAUUACUGAACAAUUACAAUAUAUAGUGGACAAAUUUCGCUUAGAGGUCACCGAGGAUAAUGUACUUUUUGUUUCAAUGCUAAACCAUAGAUUAAGGAUGACAUUGAUCCAAAAGUUCAAGGAUUUUAUUCAGUCUCUGAUAUUAGAACCUAUUGAACAACGUAUCACUUUUUCCAACGGAGUUUUCCAGUUUGAACCCUCAUUUUGUGCUGUUAAGAGUUCAUGGAUCAACAGAUUGAGUUUCAUUGUAAACAAAAUACAAAAUCAGCCCAAAUUGAUAGUGUGUAGUUUUGGCACUGCUUUGAACACGGCAACCUUUACUGACAUAUUAAGCGAUAUACAACCAACAAUCGUGGAAUAUAUGGAUUCUAUAGACAGGUUUCAUGCAUCUUUAGGUAAGAUUUUAUCUAAAUGGAAGACAACAGAAUAUUUGUGGACACUCACAGAAGAGCAAUUUGUGGCAAAUGUUUCCACUGAUAUCGAAAUAUGCUUGGCCUUUAUGACUAAUAUUUAUGAGCAAAGAAAAACUAUGAAUUAUAUCUCAUUUAAUACAGAGGCAGAAUCAUCCAUAAACGUCAAGGUAAGUGAAGAGCAAGCCUUACUACAGUGUUGUGCAAAAUUCGAUCAAUGGCACGCAUUUGGACUAAGACACUUGAUAUUAUUAUACACUCAACUGUCUACUGAUUUACACCACCGAUUGACAAUGGACCGUAAAUUUUUUGAGGAUCUGCCACUCAGUUUUUCGUCUUUGAAAUCCAUCACAGAUAUGAUAAUUCAUCUUGAUAAUGUCGGUUCGAAGUCUGAAGUCACAUAUAAACAGUUUGCGAUUUUGAAAAGUUCGCAGAGACUGUUCUUGCAAGUCCGUGCUAAUCUUCCUGCUGAUUUUAUCUACUGCGAACAGCUCAAAACAGACCUCGAUUCUUUGAAAGAAAUAUGUAUGAAAAGAGAAAAUUUAGUGACAGAGAAUCGCGACAUUAUCGCAACCAAACUGGAUAGUGAAAUUGAAAGAUUAAAAUUAGUAUCAGAGUCUCUCAUUCAAGGUUGGAAGAACCGAAAGCCCGUAGGGUCUGAAACAGAUCCUGCGGAAGCGCUUGCCGUUAUUGCUUCCUUCGAGGAUUCGGUAAAUGCAACCAAAAAUCAAAUCCAUGAUCUUCUCAAGACAGCUAAAGUGCUAUUGAUCCCAACUACGGUAAAUUUCCAUCUCCAGGAUAUUCUGACGGAAAUACAAAAUUACAAAGCUAUGUGGUUGUCGGUUGGAACACUAUGGAAUUCAAUGCAAGAUAUUCUUAACCAGACGUGGAAUUCCGUUGCUAUAGGCGACGUAAAACAGCGCUUGCAGACUCUAUAUGAUGAUACAAACAAUCUUCCAUCCAACGUGUUACAGUACUCUGUAUUUCAAAAUCUCCUACAAUCCAUCAACUCUGUUCUUUCUGCCAUGAAAACUCUACAAAAUCUAAAAAGUGCCCCUCUAAAAGCGAAACACUGGUGCUGCAUUUUCCAAAAGUUCGGGUCUUGGGAACCACCUGCAACGACACUUGAUUCCCAGUCUUUUUCCCUUAUUGACGUUCUCUCAUUGAGUGUGUCGGUCAACGAAAACGAAUUAAAUAAUAUUGUGAAUCAGGCCAAAGAUGAAGAAGUGCUUGCUUCUACGUUGAAAGAUAUGAGAGAUAAAUGGAAGGAAGUUACAAUCGACAGUUUUAUCCAUCAAAGUGGCCAUAAGCUAAUAAAAAACUGGUCUAGUCUUUUCACUACGGCAACAGAUGAUAUUAAUACGCUACUUUCUAUGAAGAACUCUCAGUUUUACAAGAUUUUUGACCAAGAGAUCUACGAGUUAGAGACGAAGUUGACAGAUUUUUCCGAAAUCCUUAUGACUGGCUUAGAAAUCCAGAAGCAAUGGUGCUACUUAUACGGUGUACUUAAUGAAGGCAGCUCUCUAAAGGCACUGCUUUCCGUAGAAGCUGCUCAAUUUUCUGUGCUUACUUCAGAUCUCAACAUUCUUUUUAACACGCUUCAAACUGCUAAAAUUGCGAUGGAUGUACUUUACCACUCCGAUUAUAUUAACGCCUUGCGGUCACUAUUAGAAUCACUCACCCGAGUUAGAAAGUCUUUAAAUGAUUUUCUUGAAUCACAACGAGAGCUUUUUCCAAGAUUCUAUUUCAUUGGUAACGAAGAUCUCUUACAAUUAAUAGGAUUUAGUACAGACUUUGAGUUUUUAUCCAAUCAAAUGAGAAAGAUGUUUGGAUCCGUUGGGAGAUUGGAAAUUGUAGACAAUUCUAUUACAGCAAUUUACUCAAUUGAGGGAGAACGAUUAAGCCUUAUUAAUGACGUCAAAGUUACACCCCAAACACCAGCGUACCAGUGGUUGUCAUCCCUAGAAAAGGAAUUGAAGCAUACCUUGUCUACUUUAGCUACUGCGUGCUAUAGAAAGUACUCAUUGAAAGAUCUAGAUUCUUUAAUAGAUGAGUAUCCAUUCCAGGUAAUAUGGUUAUGUAUGUUGGUAAAUUGGACGGAACGUGCUCAAACAAUGAGACCAGACGACCUGGGAAACCUAAUUGACGACUUUACUGAUGCUAUCAAAAGACUAUCUAUCCGAAAAAGAGCUGCGGAUGGAAUGUGUAGACACACACUAAUCGACUCUUUGCUUUCUGAAAUGUUUGGAUUGAAGGAAAUGACCUUACUUUUGAAAACUGCUGAAAACAAAGAAGUCACUUGGAAUGAAACCCAGAAGUUUUACAUCGACACUAGCGCUGCUGCACUAGAAACAGUGAAAAUAGUCCAGACAGGAAUCGAGGUUCAGUAUGGAUUUGAAUAUGUGGGUGUACCGGAGACACUAGUUCAAACACCUACACUUCAAACCUUUUUUGCCACAAUGCUACAUGCCUUGUCUAAUAAUCUGGGAGGAUCACCCUUUGGUCCCGCUGGUACAGGGAAAACAGAAUCUGUUAAAUAUUUGGCGAAAAGACUUGGACGUUUUGUUUUAGUGUUUAACUGUGAUGAUACCUUCGAUUAUCGCUCCAUGGCCAGAAUAUUGUUUGGUAUAGCUCAGGUUGGCGCUUGGGGUUGCUUUGAUGAAUUUAAUCGUUUAAAAGCAGAUCUUUUGAGUGCCGUUUCCUCCCAAAUUGAAGCUAUUCAAUCUUCUAUGAUAAGUGAAGACAGGAAAUUAUCGAUACUCGAAAGAAAUGGAUUAAUACAUCGUAACACUGCAAUCUUUAUUACCAUGAAUUUAGGUUACGCAGGAAGAUCACAAUUACCUGGAAAUUUAAAGAGAAUGUUCAGAGAGUUUACAAUGUCUGCUCCUCAGACGGUGAUAAUAAUAGAGACACUACUCAAUACCAUGGGUUUUGAAGACGCAAAAGGCACUUCUUCUCAACUAGUGUCAUUUUUUGCUGAGCUCGAAUCAAAAACUUCAUGUCAAUCACAUUAUGACUUUGGUUUAAGGGCAAUAAAGUCCGUGAUUCGGAAUUGCAACUUGCAGCUCAUGCAGAAUGAGGGAAUACCGAACCAUGCGAUUCUUCUUAGAAGCAUUUGGAAUAUUAUAACUCCCAAGCUAUUAGAGGAAGAUGAAGCAAUUUUUGAAACUGCUUGGAAUAGAUUUUUCCCAAAGAAUUUCAGUUCGGUGAAAGGACAUGACCUGGAAGAGAUUGUUAUUGAAUUUUGUGAGAAGCAACAUAUCACCUUCAAUGAUUCGUUCUACAAAAAGUGUCAGCAACUUUACGAAGUCCAAAAAUCUCAACAAGGUGUGAUACUUGUCGGUGAAGCUGGAUGUGGCAAAACGACAGUACUCAACGCCACGAUGGAAAUGGUGCAAAAUACUACUAAAAAAUCAAAUGUAAUUUACACCAUUGAUUCCAAAGCGCUAAAAAAGGAGCAAUUGUAUGGGAAUCUUGAUCCUGUCACGUUCGAGUGGCAAGAUGGGUUGUUUACGACGAUUCUCAGGGAAAUAAACGAAGAUUAUCUUGAUGAAUAUGAGAAUGCAAAUAUCUGGAUAAUAUUCGAUAGUGAUUUAGAUCCGAUUUAUGCAGAGACCUUGAACAGUGCUCUUGACGAUAACAAGGUAUUUACCCUUCCGAACGGCGAACGUUUGGAUAUCCCUCACCACCUCCAUAUUGUAUUUGAAGUUGAGGAUUUAACAUUCGCAACUCCUGCAACAAUCAGCAGAUGCGGUAUGCUAUGGUUUAAUAAGAACAUAAUUUCUCCUCAUAACUUGUUUUGCUCCACUUAUAAUAGACUGUUCAAUUCCACCCCAAACUAUGGGCCGUCAGCGACGAAACUAAAAGACAGUAUGCUCGAAAUCUCGGAUUCAAUUUUCUGUCCGGAAGAUUUUGAAUUAAUACUCCGGAAGAGCGCUGACCUAAAUCACAUAUUAGAUUUUGAUAUCAACAGAAUUGCGAAAGUAUAUUCUAAUUUGAUAUGCAAUCCUUAUGUCUCAUAUUUUAAUGAUCUUUCCAAAAUGACCUCUUCAAUUUUCAAGCUCUUCAUCUUAAGACACAGCGCUUUGAGUAUUGUAUGGGCUUUUGCAGGAGACUGUCCUGUAGAUGAUAAAAUCGUGUUCUCUUCCUUCAUCCAAUCACACUUACAGUCCCAUGGACUACCGCCGGUUAAUGGUUUGAUAUUAGACUACGAGGUUUCACCGGUGUCAGCUGAACUCCUACCGCAUAAAAGAAACCUCCAAAACACAGAAUUAGAGGCUCACCAAGUUUUGUUACCUGACCUUAUCAUACCUACCGUGGACACUUAUAGACACGAGGCUAUACUUUUCACACUACUUAAACAGCAUCAGCCGUUAAUCUUAUGCGGCCCUCCAGGUUCAGGAAAAACUAUGACUCUUCAAAGUGCAUUAAAGCAAUCGGAGGACCAUAUGCUAGUAGGAAUGAACUUCUCUAAAGAUACUACUGUGGAAUCUUUUUUGAAAACUAUAGAACAGCAUACUACAUACAAGUCGACAGCAGAAGGACUAAUAAUGCAGCCCGUAUCAUUUGGAAAACAGUUAGUAUUCUUCUGCGAUGAAAUUAAUCUUCCGAAACCAGACAAGUAUGGUUCUCAGCCAAUCAUCUUGUUUUUGCGUCAGCUGCUAGAAAAGAAUGGAUUUUGGAGUCCGAAAGAUAACAAAUGGGUUUCUUUAAAGAACAUCCAAAUAGUUGCUGCCUGUAAUCCAUCUAGUGAUCCGGGAAGAAGCAAAAUGACCAAAAGAUUUACUCGCCAUGCUGCCAUAAUCAUGGUUGACUACCCCUCAAAGGAAUCUUUACUUCAUAUCUAUCAAACUUUUUUCAGAUCCGUCCUUAAAGCUAGUUCUAUCAAAAAGGACUAUGCCGAUAACCUUGCCAGAGUGUCUGUUGAGAUCUAUUUUGAAUGUAAAAAACAAUUCACUGUACAACAGCAAUAUCAUUACAUUUUCUCUCCCAGAGAACUUACUAGAUGGGUGAGAGGUGUCUAUCAUGCCAUCAGCAGCUCUGAAAUGGUCGACUUACCUCAAUUAAUAAAAAUAUGGGCCUAUGAGUCUAGACGGAUAUUUUCAGACAGAUUAGUGUCCGAAGAAGAACGACAUCUGUUUGAUAAAUUCUUAGUUGAUGCCGUUUCAUCGGAAUUCCCGUUACAAAAUAUAACAGAUAUUAUUCAACCAUCAUUCGUUUUCUGCAACUGGUUGAACAUGAAAUAUGAGCAAUCAGAUUUGAACAAAAUUCGAAGUUUUGUUUCUGAGAGAUUAAAGACUUUUUGUGAAGAAGUUUUGAGCUAUGAUAUAAUUCUUCAUAAUGAGAUGCUUUAUGCGAUGUUAAAUGUAGACAGAAUUUUGAAACAAGUUCAAGGUCACGGUAUAUUAGUUGCACCCAGCGGCAGCGGGAAAACAACCAUUACAAGGUUUGUUGCUUGGUUAAACGGAAUUGAUGUCAGAAUUCCCCUUGUGCACCGAAAUUACAAUCUAUUGGAAUUUGAUGCCUUUUUGAGGCAUGUUCUAGUGGAAAGUGGAGUUGAGAAUAAAAAAGUUUGCAUGAUUCUCGAUGAAUCCAACAUGGUGGAAGCUUCUUUCGUAGAGCGGCUCAACACUUUAUUAGCAAAUUCUGACAUACCUGGUCUUUUCCAAGCUGAAGAUUACGAUAGCCUUAUUGCAAAAAUAAGAGGUAGCCCAUUCUUGCCACGAACUGUAUUAGAUACCGAACAAAGCAUGUAUGAUUGGUUCACCGAACAAAUUUCCAAAAAUUUGCAUGUUGUCAUAAAGAUCAGUGAUCCGAAGAAGUCAAAUUCAGCAAACAUUAUGACAUCACCUGCGUUGUUCAAUCGUUGCGUUUUGACAUGGAUGGGGACAUGGAAGAAUGGUACACUUAUACAGGUUGCGAAGCACUUUAUUGAUAAAAUUCCGCUAGAUCAAACGAUGGAAGCUUCUGAUACUGUGGGACAAAUAUCAUCAGACAGCCUUCGCUCAAAAGUUACUGAAAUAUUCUACUCUGUUUUCAAGGACUAUUACUCUUCGUAUGAUGUCCCAUAUCCAUCUCCUGCCCUUUUUCUAGAUUCUUUAAAGGUUCUACGAAUAGAAUACACAAAAAAACUAACUGAAUCUGAUAAUAAUCAAAGGUUUAUUAGGAAUGGACUUAUCAAACUAAAAGAAAGUGUUAUAAUGGUUAAGAAGUUAAAUAAAGAGAUGGAAAGUAAAAAAAAUAUCCUUCAAGAAAAGAAGAUUGAAGCGAGAAAAACAUUGGACCAGAUGUUACAUGAUCAAAAUGAAUCUGAAAGAAAGCAAGAAGCAUCAAUCGAGAUUCAAAAGAUUCUCAACCUUCAAGAACAAGAAAUUUCCAAAAGAAGGGACGUGGUAAUGAAUGACCUAGCAAAAGCUGAGCCCGCCAUUUUAGAAGCUCAAAGAGGAGUGAAAAACAUUAAAAAACAACAACUAACUGAAUUGAGAACUAUGAUUAAUCCUCCUGAAGCUGUUAAAAUCACUUUAGAAGCAGUGUGCGUUCUUCUAGGUUUCCAAAUUGGUACAUGGAAGGACAUACAACAAACCAUUCGAAAAGAUGACUUUAUUGCUAGAAUUGUGACAUUUGAAACGGAAACAAUGCUUUCACAAGAACUGAAGCAUUAUAUUCAGACGCACUAUUUGAACAGAUCAAAUUUCAAGUAUGAAAAUGUACUCAGAGCUAGUCAGGCCUGUGGUCCUUUGUAUUUGUGGAUCGAAGCUCAGAUCUUGUUCUCUGAUGCUCUCACAAGAGUAGGCCCAUUGCAAAGGGAUUUACAGAUUCUUGAAGAUGAGAUUCUAAGAACUAGAGCGAAAGUUUUAGCCGCAGAUGAAAUGAUUAAUGAAUUGCAAGAGCAAAUAGAAAAGUCAAAGGAGUUGUACAGUAAAAUUAUCCGGGACAUUGAAGUUUUAAAGUCCGAAAUGUCUUUAGUUGAGAGUAAAGUGUCCAAGUCAACCACCCUUCUCGAGAGCUUGAACUCUGAAAAGGAAAGAUGGACUUUUGAGACCAGACAAUUUACAGAAGUGAAAAAAAAUCUUCUAGGAGACACCAUACUAUCUUCCCUAUAUUCUGCUUAUUGCUUUACUCAUGACUUCAAAACGAGAGCAGAAUUAGUGGGAAAAUGGAAAAUGAUUUUGGCUACAUCAGAUAUUGCUUACGACCAAUCCUUCAAUAAUCUUGCUAAGAGGGUGAGCCUUGAAAAUAAGUCAUUCUGGAUCGAAAAUGGCCUCUCUGAAGACGAAUUUGCGAUAGAAACUUUUUCAGCCGUUGUUUCGCCUACCAUAGAGAAAUAUCCAUUGAUACUAGAUCCGGAGGGGAAUAUACUAGAUGUUUUGUAUGCAGUUUACGGCUCGAAACUCGUGAUGACAAGUUUCUUGGAUCAAAAUUUCAGCAAGAGUUUGGAAAAUACCUUGAGAUUCGGAGGAGUUUUGUUGAUUCAAGAUGGUGAAUUCUUUGAUCCCUUUGUUACUAAAGUUUUGAAACAGGAAUUUCAGAACGUUGGGGGCAGGCGAAGCAUCGAACUUGGUGACUCUAUCAGAGAUUUAGAUGUUUCCAAUGACUUUAGAAUGAUUAUAUACUCUCGUGACAAAAGUUGGCGCGUCCCCAAUUACGUCUUAACUAAAACAAAAGCGUUCAACUUUACUAUAACAAAAGGCAACCUUGAAUCUCAGACCCUACAAGAUAUCCUGACAAAUGAGCUACCUACAAUCCAGAAUGAAAGAAAGCUACUUCUUGAGAAGGACUCAACCUGUCAGCUUAGAUUGAGGGAACUAGGAAACAGACUAUUGGGGCUUCUAAAUUCUUCUGAAAGUAAUAUUCUCGAAAAUGAAGAAUUGCUAAAAACGCUGGAGAACCUAAAAGUAGAAGCUGGGACAAUGUCUACCGAGAUAUCGAAGAUACAGUCACUUGUACUUGAACAGGAAUCAGCAAUAACAGAAUUUUCUCCUAUCUCUACCAUAGCUGUCCAGAUAUUCGAGCUUUUAGAAUGGGUGCGUAUCAAAAAGCAUUGGUUUUAUGAUGUUGAAGUGAAUGAGUUUUUGACAGUAUUUCGGUACGUACUUGAAAAUUCAGACGAACUUGUUAACAGCAAGCCCAAUAAACCGAAUAAAAUUUUGUCUGUACUAAUCCGCUUAAUGUUUUGUGCUUUUGGCCCAAUGUUUUUAGAGAAUGAUAGGCUCUCUUUUGCCGCACGUUUAAUGGAACUCCAGAUGUAUUCAAUGGAAAGUACACGAACAGUCGAAGAGUGGAAAAUGAUCAGAUCGAAUAUAGACCUUCUCAGGACGCAACCGCAACUAUCCGAACGAUUUACUGAGUUUAAGGAGGGUUUACUUGUCGGAGAUGCGAAAGAUGGAUUAUCACAAAUGAUCUUGACAAUCAUGAAAGAACAACCCUGGGAAAUAAGUGACUUCCUCUCGAAGAAUACUCGCUCCAAUAUUCUAUUAGUCGGGGCGGAUAAAGGUGUUGAUGGGUCAUUUAUGAUAAAGAAGCUUGCGGAACAACUCCAAAAAAAAAUAACAACAAUUGCCAUGGGAUCUUCAGAAUCCUGUAAAAUAGCUGAAGAAACGUUGAACGACUGUGUUGAAGUUGGUGGUUGGGUCUUACUACAGAACAUCCAAAUGUCCUUGACGUGGUGUAAUGAAAUAUUGCCAAAGUACUUAAAGCAGAUUAUUUCCAAUAGCAACGAAAACUUCAAAUUGUUUAUGACUUGUAGCUUACAAGAUAGCAUACAUCCAAGUUCUCAACUUUUACAGUAUAGUACGAAGAUAGCUUACGAAGGCGAAUCUGGAGUAUUAUACAAAGUCAAAAAAUUCUGGGAGCUAAUUAUUCAAAAGAAACCCGUCGAAGGAACGGGCUUAUACUUAAAACACUUGGUCUGCUGGAUACACUCGUUGCUUUUGGAGCGCGUGAAAAUCACUACCAAAGACGUCGAAUACCAUGAUUUAGAUCUGGAGCUAGCCAUUAAUGCGGUGGAAAACUGUGUCGACAAUGAGGCAAUUGAUUGGCCAAAACUAAGAUUUAUUGUUGGAAAGCUCAUAUACUGCAAUAGGUUGGACAAGAGGGAUGAAUUGUAUCAAUGGAUUAUGAACUUAACUGCUUCGAUCAUGCACGAGGGUAGUUUCAAGGCUAACAGUAAUAUAAUUGGUGAUGUAGGGUCCCCCUCUUCCAAACACUCAAUGCAUGGAAUUACGGAAUGGCUAAAUAAUUUGCCAUGGACAAUCGAACACAAAGAUAUCUGGCUAUCAGUUCCUAAGGGAAAUUUGGAGAGAAUAUCGUUCAUGCAGGCAGUAUCUUGCAUGUCCGAUUUAGUCGCUAUGGAUGCCGGGUCAGAUCAACUGGAUGUAAAAUGA